AUGUCGAAUAUAAGCUCCGAGCCCGACAGCCCCGAUGGCUAUAAAUGCGCUGGGUGUGUUCGACCCGACACCGCUGACGACAUUGUACAGUGUGAUAAAUGCACUGCUUGGUGGCAUUUCUCCUGUGCCAAAGUCGAUGCUUCUGUAGCCAACCAGACUAAUUGGAUAUGUGUCAAGUGUCUAUCUCCACCACCGCCACGAUCUGUCUCAACUCGGACAACGUCGUCGAACCGGAGAGCGCUGCUUGAGAUUAGCCUGCAACGACUAGCAGAGGAAAAAGAGUUGCGGAAAAAAGAACUCGCGAUUAGCUUGGAGAAAGAGUUUUUAAAAACUAAGUAUGAUCUCAUGGAACAGUGUGCGUUAGACGAGGAAGCUGAGACUCGCAGCGUACGCAGUCAUAUCGCGCAAAUUGAAGCCCGAGAACGAGAGAGGCAUGUUCACGAUUGGGUUGGGGAGGUAGCAGCGUCGCUCCAAGUGAGCAAGUCGCUCACCGACCCGAAGAUCCCCUCUGCCGCCAACGCCCCUCAGCCGAACCCCGCCAACCACUCGCCUGAAGAUGAAGAUGGUGCCGUAGGCACAAUCAAAACAAAUGCCGAUCCAGAUCGCUCGCCACCGAUCAUAAUAUCGCUUGAUCAAACCGAUGUCGUUACUGAUAGCAAAUCGGUCGAGGUCAGUAACCUCGAUAUAAACAAGGAUCAAGUAAAACGAACAGUUGUUGUGAGACGGAUUCAAAAGGUACGUGAUGAAAAGGUGCCCAACAAAGUUCCAGCUGACUACCAGCUUCUGAAAUCUCAACUACUGAAGUGCCAGGAAGCCUCAAAGGUUGAUCGCCAGGUUCUGCAAGAUCUCCAAGAAGAGCUUCAGAAGUGUAAAUUACAGCUACAUCAACGUCCACUACGACCGGUGGCCGAAUCACUAUGGCCACUACGCAACGUAUCAAAAGGGGCAAUUCCUAAGACUGCCCCAUCAAUUCCUACUAGACCAGCUCUAGUCGAGACCCCGGUUCACCAGUCCAAUGCAGUUCAAGCUAAAGUAGCCGAAAAUUCCAUUCCCAUUUACGAUACUCGCGAGUGCAGUUGGACGGACCCAUUCCAGGUGAACGGUCCCCGCUUACGCGAGCAGCCGCGUAACACUUUCGCGCGCUCGACGGAUAUUGGUCAAAUCAGUACUCCGCAACAGCAACAAUCAAAUUCGCAAGGACCAGUGGCAGAUCCAUUCUUUCCGGAAGAGCGUCGACCGUCUCCCGAACAACUUUCGGCAAGACAAGUGAUGCCCAGAGAUCUGCCUGAGUUUUACGGCAACCCGGAAGAUUGGCCGAUAUUUAUAAGCAACUUUCGCAACAGCACUUCGGCUUGUGGGUUCAGUAGAGUAGAAAACCUGGCACGCCUUCAGCGUUGUCUUAAAGGCAACGCAUUGAAAUCGGUGCGGUAUAACUUGCUGAAUCCAGACUCUGUCCCGGAAGUUAUCCGCACGCUCCAAACGCUGUAUGGGCGGCCUGAAAUAAUAAUUAGCAAGCUGAUUAGAAACGUUCGGGAUGCCCCUGCACCGAAAUCAGAACGGUUGGAAACCCUGAUCGAUUUUGGCGUGGCUGUCAGAAACCUGGUCAGCCACCUUAUUGCCGCAGAGCAGCGAAAUCAUCUCUCCAAUCCUGUUCUACUACAAGAACUGGUAGAGAAACUACCAGCCGGUGUGAAGAUGCAGUGGGCUCAGCAGUUGAUCCAUUUCCCAGAUGCAAACCUUCAAACCUUCAGCACCUUUAUGUCAUCCGUGGUAGAAUCAGUGAGUAAGAUAGUCUUGUACAGACCCGAAAAGCCAAAAACAAAAGAAAAGGGGCAUAUUUACUCGCAUGUGGAGGCUGCCGAUGUUACGCGGUCAACUCAACGCAAGAAUGAAAUUUCAAGAACCUGUCCGGUCUGUGAAAAGGGCAGUCAUCGCGUCAAAGACUGCGACUCGUUUAAAAAAUGUAGCGUAGAUAGCCGGUGGAAAACAAUCACCGCAUUGAAACUCUGUCGCUGUUGCUUAAGCCAACACGGACGGAGAGCAUGUAGGAGUUCAUCUAGAUGUGAAAUCGAAGGGUGUCAGUAUCGCCAUCAUCCAUUACUACACGCGCCGGCAACGGCGAGAGCUGGAAGUAUUUCGUCCUCUGGGGCAACGGAGAGUCACACGUAUCACCACUGCAAUCAAUCCGUACUUUUCCGCAUCAUUCCAGUAACUGUACGGGGACCAUCGAAAUCCAUUGACACCUUCGCCUUUUUGGACGAGGGCUCGUCUGCCACAUUAGUGGAAAAAGGUCUAGCGAAGCAGUUAGAUCUAAAAGGCCCGGUAAUACCACUGUGCUUGAAAUGGACUGCCGAUAUUACACGCUCCGAAGACAGCUCGCGAAUCGUUACACUUGAAAUCUCCGAGCUGGGUUGCCGGAAAAAAUACAGCUUGAACAACGCUAGAACCGUGGAGUGCCUGAAUUUAUCUUCUCAAACGCUCUGCUUCGAAGAACUCCAAGAAAAGUAUCAGCAUCUAGCAGGAUUACCAAUCCGCAGCUAUAAUAAUGCGAAGCCUCAAUUGUUGAUUGGCUUGCGGAAUCUAUCUCUAGCUGUACCGCAAAAGAUUGUGGAGGGAUCAGAAGGUCCCAUAGCUACAAAAACACGUAUAGGAUGGUGUGUAUACGGACGCCUGGCAGAGGACCAUGAUACGAAGCAUUUCAGUUACCAUAUUUGCGAAUGUGACACGAAGAGACUAGACAACCUGAUUCGCGAGUACUUCGACGCAGAAGACACCGGACUACGUGCAAUAAAACCGAUAGAAUCGGUUGAGAUCCAAAGAGCAAGGCGAACUCUUGACGAAACCACCCGUAGGAAUGAAAACCACUUUGCAACAGGCCUAUUGUGGAAAUUCGACCACAUUGAGCUUCCCGACAGUUUCCCAAUGGCCCUACAACGGUUGAAGUGUUUGGAGAGACGUAUGGCACGUGAUCCAGACCUGAAGGCAAACUUGCACAAACAACUGCAGGAAUAUCAGGAGAAAGGAUAUGCCCACCAGGCUACAGAAGUGGAACUGGACGAAGCCGAUCCCAGACGCGUAUGGUACCUUCCUUUGGGUACUGUAGUUAAUGCCAAGAAGCCAUCUAAGGUACGGAUAAUUUGGGAUGCGGCGGCAAAAGUCGACGGUGUUUCGUUAAACACAUUUCUGCUCCCGGGACCUGAUCUUCUGGUUCCGUUACCCUCCGUGCUUUUCCGAUAUCGCCAGUAUCCGGUGGCCGUCUGUGGUGACAUAAUGGAAAUGUUUCACCAAAUUCGUGUCGCCGCAGAAGACCGACAUGCCCAACGCUUCCUUUGGCGUGAUUCUGCUGCAGAACCGCCAAAAGUAUUCUUGAUGGAUGUACUAACCUUUGGCUCGGCAAGUUCCCCUUCAUCAGCACAAUUUGUCAAAAAUCGAAACGCGAAGGAUCAUGAAACCCAGUUUCCCAGGGCGGUAGAGGCAAUUUUAAAUCGCCAUUAUGUUGAUGAUUACCUCGACAGUUUCGAGGAUACGGCGGAAGCGAAAAGAGUCGCUGAACAAGUUCGUUAUAUACAUUCAAACGGCGGAUUUGUGAUUCGGAAUUGGUCGAGCAAUAAUUUGGCGGUUCUAAAACAUCUGGGAGAAGUACCAAAGGCUACUACGAAGGAUUUGACGACAGCAGGUUCCAGUGAAACCGAGAGGGUACUCGGUAUGCUUUGGAUGACAGAAACCGAUACGCUGUGUUUCUCAACAAAGUUCAGGACAGAAAUAGAGGAACUUAUCCAUUCUAAAGCUGUUCCCACGAAACGCCAAAUACUGAAGACUGUUAUGAGUCUUUUUGACCCGCUUGGGGUUCUUGCGGCUUUCCUAGUACAUGGCAAAAUAAUUAUGCAGGAUGUAUGGCGAGGCGGAGUGAGCGGGUUCGAGUGCGUGGAUGAUUAA